CACACCACACACCUCGCCUUCGCGCCACUCCCACCGCUCCGCCGCCACUCGCUGCAUCCGUCGCCCGCCGCCACGAAGCCCCACCCGACGCCGGUGUUCCGCGGCCGCCGCGGUUGCUCCGUCCGUCAGCCUUCGCCGCCCGUCGUCCCCGGCUCCGGUCGGUCGCGCAGCGCGGUCUCUCCCCCCCUCGUCUUCUCGUGGGUCGGGUCGGGCGGGAGGGAGCCACCCGACCCGUUUGGGCGGCUGCUCCAGCUUCUUUUCCCCUUUUGUCUCUCGCGACUGCUAUUUCCUCUCCCCCUGGUCCAGACCGAGAGAGGGUGAGACAGGAGGGAGAGAGAGAGGGGGAGGAGGAGCAGCGUCGCGACGCCCGAAUCGAGCGAUUCGAUCGAGACCCCUCGCCCCUACUCGCUGAAUCCCAGACCGAGCCCGCCAAUUGGGCGCCCCGCCCACGCAGAGGACAAAGGGAAGAACAACACUGGCGUGCUGAGAAAUCCAACAGCACUUUUCUUGGACCACAGAUGAAGCGAACUCGAAGGCGUAUGUGGAAGGGAUGACUGAUGAGGGAUGCUAGUGACAUUGAUGAACUUGUUGCGGGCGUGCUGGCGACCGUCAUCAAACCGGCAUGCCCGAACAGGCUCAGAUGCUGCCGGUAGGCAGGAUGGACUUCUAUGGUACAAGGAUACCGGGCAGCAUGUCAAUGGGGAAUUCUCCAUGGCUGUUGUCCAAGCCAAUAACUUACUUGAGGACCAAUGUCAGAUUGAGUCGGGUCCAUUGAGCUUUCUAGAUUCUGGACCGUAUGGCACUUUUGUUGGCGUUUACGAUGGACAUGGUGGUCCAGAGACGGCUUGCUACAUCAACGAUCAUCUCUUCCAGAAUCUGAAAAGGUUUGCAUCUGAGCAGAAUUCAAUGUCUGCUGAUGUCCUGAAGAAAGCAUAUGAAGCUACAGAAGAUGGAUUCUUCUCUGUUGUUACCAAACAGUGGCCUGUAAAGCCUCAGAUAGCGGCUGUGGGCUCAUGCUGCCUUGUCGGUGUAAUUUGUGGUGGCAUGCUUUAUGUUGCCAACGUUGGGGAUUCCCGUGUUGUUUUAGGAAGACAUGUUAAGGCCACUGGAGAAGUUUUGGCUGUCCAACUGUCAGCGGAGCAUAACGUAAGUAUUGAGUCAGUGAGAAAGGAACUGCAGUCAAUGCACCCGGAUGAUAGGCAUAUUGUUGUUCUCAAGCACAAUGUUUGGCGUGUAAAAGGACUAAUUCAGGUCUGCAGAUCAAUCGGUGAUGCUUAUCUGAAAAAGCAAGAGUUCAACAGGGAGCCUCUAUACGCAAAAUUUCGCCUCCGCGAACCUUUUCACAAGCCUAUACUAAGUUCAGAACCAUCAAUCUGUGUGCAACCACUACAACCACAUGAUCAGUUUCUCAUAUUUGCAUCUGAUGGUCUUUGGGAGCACUUAACCAACCAAGAGGCUGUUGAUAUUGUUUGCAGUAGCCCACGCAAUGGCUGCGCUAGGAAGUUGAUAAGAGCGGCACUGCAAGCAGCAGCCAAGAAAAGAGAGAUGAGGUACUCGGACCUCAAGAAGAUUGAUCGGGGUGUUCGCCGCCACUUCCACGACGACAUAACAGUCAUAGUAGUGUUCCUUGACUCCAGCCUCGUAAGCAGGGCGAGCACGAACCGAGGUCCCGCUCUUUCCCUGCGAGGUGGCGGCGCCAGCAUGCGCAGUAACGCCAGCAUGCGCAGUAACACGCUCACACCAACGUGACUAGAAGGGGCGGUGAUGACACACCUUUCUGAUGAAGGUUAUUUUUCCAUGUGUUGAAUAUGUUAUGCAUGUAUCGGCCAAGACCACCCAUCCCCUCAAUGGUGUAAAGAAAUAGGAGACGUACAUAAGCUCCUAUCCCGGUGUCCCUUAAUCCCAUCACAGUAGUGUAUGUGUCAAGGUUGACUCAGUUCAAUAGGUUCCCAGUUGUUCUGAUGAUGCUCCGUAGAAAGCGCGAAAUCUUCCACCUGGAAAGGCAAGUGUGUGUUCAUUCCAGUCGUGGAAUUAACCUAGUGCAUAUACUAUAUAUAUGAAAUAAUAAUAAGCAGCCAAAAGGAGAGGUGUAACUUGUUUAACUGGUGGUGUCAAGUGUAUGUAUGCUUUGUAUGGAUACUGUAUUGACUCGCUGAAUCUAAACUGUUGUCUGUUGACCACUGGUGAAGCGAAA